AUUCUAUAUCUCCCUCCACUUCUCUCACCUCUUCCUCAUAACGUUUCACAUGGUCAUGCGGAAGGAGAAAGACCAGAGGCCUUGGCGGAAUUCACCACUCGGCUACCUGACAUCGACCCGGCUAGUUUGGCUUUACACGAGGCUUUACAUGGGUUCAGACCAAAGGAAGAAUAUGCGAGUUUAUCGUAUGAUGAGGCUUUUAAUUGGCACGAGUUGUCCCUCCCACUAGAAAUAUCUAGAGAAUGGUAUUGCGUAGUCUUUCGAUCCGUUCGAAAUCCAGCUUCCUCCUCACUAUCCCUCUAUGCUGCAGAUCGUGCAGCACAUCAAGAAGCAGUCCAAAAUGGUGGUCUCGUAAUGUAUUGGUACGGUGCACCUUCUUCCACAGGUGAGAAUCUAGCGACUUGUAUUUGGCAAAGUAGACGACAUGCCGUGAGGGCGAUAGCGGGACCUAGACAUAUGGAAGCUAUGAAACAUGCCAAAGGAGCUUAUGAGAGGUACGAGUUGGAACGUUGGGUUUUGAGUAAGAGUGAGGGUGAAAAAGGAGUGAGAUUAGGGAAAUGGGAAGGUGGAGAUGUUGGAUGGUAG